UCGACACCGACGGUGACGCUGGUGCGGAAGCGAGGAGAGAGAGCGUGCGAGGGACGCGAGGCUUUCUCGAGAGAGCGGCAGCGACAUUACGAUGGCGACGAUAUCGACAACGACGACGACGACGACGACGACGACGACGACGACGACGACGACGACGACAUCAUCAUCGACGACAUCGACAUCGACGCCGACAUCGACGUCGGCGUUAGGAGCGACAAUGAAGAGCGCAAUGGCGAUGACGGAGCAUAGGAAGUCUUACAACCAGCUCUGCCGUUUGUGCGCCUCCUUCGACGCCGUAAGGAUGGACAUAUUCGGCGAGGAAGGCAAGAAUCGGCAACUCGUUCAGAAGAUACAGGCGUGCCUGCCGUUCAAGAUAGAGGAAGAUGAUUCUCUGCCGAAUGUCGUGUGUUAUCGAUGCAUGUUUAAUUUGGAAAAUUUUUAUGACUUUAGAACUGCGUGCAUUCACGCAGCUGCUUGGCUGCAAAAGAAUAAGCCAAAAACAGAAGGCGCGAGCGAUGACGGUGCAAAUGAUAGCGCGCAAUGCGGCAAGGUGCACGCGGAGCUUCUCAAGGAGAAGGAAAACAUGCCAAUACUUAUCCCAGAGGCGCCAGUGGUCAAUCCCAAUGCGGCAUUAGGUACACCGCCGAGAUUAAAUUCCGACGGCGAAGCGGAUCCCGAGAUAGAGGAGAUUCUCGAUACAAGUGAAGGUACGGACGAAGCAACAGUAGUGGACGAUUCGGAAGACCGCCGAUCGGAAUAUGAAUACGAAAUGGACAUGGAGACGAAUCCCAGCGACUUUUUGGAAAUGACACCGAUGGUAACCGAAGACAACGAGGAAGAGUGCGGCACGAGCAAUCCGAGUGCCGCGACCACUCAGGACGCCGCCGCCGUCUUUCCGCAUAUAUCACAGCAACACGAAGUCUACGUCUGCUCUUUGUGCAACAAGGCGUUUAGCUCCAAGGGUCACUUGUCUUUGCAUGCGAGGAUUCACGUGGGUGAGGGUGACGUGAUCGGCGAAAGAGUAAUCACCGACGAUCACACUUCGUAUCAGCGGCCGUAUCAAUGCGAUCUUUGUCAUAAAUCGUAUUCUACUGCGAAGCAUCGUUGGGGACACGUUUCCACAACUCAUCGGGGACAUCCUGCUGUGACUUGUGCGUAUUGCUCGCGCAUUUACUCAACACGAUACAAUCUCGACGAGCACAUAAAGUCACGACACGCUGGUCUACCACCGCCGCCAGAGUUAUCGGUUUCCUUUUCUCGCACAGAGACUCGUUAUCAGUGCCAAAUAGCACAGUGUUCAAUGGUUUUUACGGAUUUAGCAGAUUUUAACGCGCACCGUCAGAUAUGCGUCGAGGAGCAACGCACUGAUUUGUUGGGACAAGUUGAAGCACAGAGCAACAAGAAUUUGGUCGAUACGUCUGAUGUUACGAGUUUAGACUCGGACGACGAUAAUAAAGACUUUAGGAGUGCCGAAGCUAAACUGGCGAAAAAUCCACAGUUGACUAUAUUGAAACAAGCACUGACUAAAGGAGACAGUUUGAAGCGCAAUUAUGAUGAUGAUGGUUCAAUAACCAGUUCUAAGCCGAGGAAAAUAGUUAAAACAGAAGGUAGCGAAACAAAUUCCCAGAAGAGAUGGUAUUGCGAUUUUUGUUCGCAAAAUUUCACGUCAGUCGACAGUUUGAAAGAGCACGAGGUUAUACACGAAGCCGAGAAACCGUAUAUAUGUUUGCUGUGCAAAAGAGAUUUUAUGUUGAAGACUUCCUUGAGCAAGCACAUUUUAACGUUACACGGCGUCGAUCCUGCUCCUUUCGUUGAAAGCGACAAGUGUCUAAAGACGGCCAUAAUGUCGCAGAGUUGGAACGACCAGAUAGAUGUUAGUGUUUAUGACCAAAGCGAAAUGAAGGAAUCACCGGAAUUCCCACCGUCACCCGAGAUAAAUGUGCAGAACAACAUUGUCUAUGACGACAAAGACUUGAAGAACAACGAUGACAAUGUAGAAAUCGAAACAGUAUUUAUAUGCGAGGUUUGCUCGAGGGACUUUAGUGAUCGAGCGUCGUUAUGGUUGCACAUACGAGCAACACACAAGGAUCUUGCUGCAUUUGCUUGCGGUGUGUGUUUAAAGAUUUGUUCUGAUAACGCACAACUGCAGAAUCAUGUCAAUAUGUACCAUGGGGUAUCUCAGCGUUCAAUAUCGGAGCAAAGGAGGUACAGUUGCACGAUAUGCGGUAGACAGCAUGACUCGAGAAAGAAGCUAAUCGCCCACGUCUCUAUACACAAUAUCGAUCCUGGAUAUGAUCCUGCAACUUUUGUACAAUUAAAUAGUAAUUACUACAAUGAGAAUUAAAUGGUAAUCGAAGGAAACGAACAAUUACAAGAUAUGGAUGGAGAAGAAGACGAGAAAGUCGAUUGCUGCAUUUGUUACAAAUCGUUUCCAAAUGAGGAUCAUCUUAUACGGCAUCAGAGAAAUGCUCACAAGUCUGAACAAAUAGUUUCGAUAGGGGACGCUGCUGGGAGCGGAAAUGCGUUAAGUGUUAACGGCAACAGCAAUAGGACGCAAAUGCAUUUAUUUUUCAUGUGCGAAGUAUGUGGCACUUCUCAUUCCAGUAAAUGGGAACGCUGGUUGCAUAUCAACAAUAUGCAUAGUAACGAACCUUCGAUUAAGUGCGAAUGGGAGAACUGCGGGAAGAUAUUCGCGACGAAAACGUUGCGCAACGACCACAUACAGCAUCAUCUGGUGCAAGGCCCGUCGCCGAAUACCUGCGAAAUAUGCGGGAAACUGUGGGCCACCCGUGUCGAUUACUGGAAACACGUGAUGGGCGUGCACGCGGACACGGUACCUCUGAUUUGCGGUGUUUGCUUGAAAGUAUUCUCCGACGUGAUACAGUUAAGUACGCACGUGAGAACGAAACACUGGCCCCUGACCAAUGGUGACUUUAGCUGUGAUAUUUGCGGUCGGCCGUAUUCUAACAAGUCGAAGAUGUCGCGGCACAGGAAGAUCCACGGUUUGGAGGCGGCGGUAGGGGCGGACACUGCCUGUGAUAAUAGCAGCCUCAACGAGACGACCAACGAAUCGGUCAGACCGGAUCACAACGGCGCCGUGGAAAUCGAAUUGAACUGCGAGCUCUGUCCCGAUCUGGCGUUUUCCAAUCUGGAGAGUUUAUGCAAUCACCGACGGACGAUACACCGUCUCUUCCCAUGCGAUCUGUGCAUCAAGUGUUACGGCAGAACGUCGCAUUUGUGGAAACAUGUGAACAGAGUGCACAAGGGUCACGCGGACGUGACUUGCCCGUACUGCUCGAAGACAAGCGCGUCGCGGGAACAUCUGGCAGCGCAUAUCGCGAAGAUUCACAAGCCCGAUAAAGACAGUCAGAACUUCGUCACUUCGAAAUCUUUAAGCAUGGAGGACGGCGUCAUGCAUUACUGCGAGAAGUGUCAUAAGGGAUUCCACAAGCGUUACCUGCUUCGCCGUCACAUGAAAGGCUGCCAAAACUACCGCAAAGAUCCCAGCGCGCUGUUGACGCGCUGCCGCGCCUGCGAGAGAAUAUUCAAGGACCGUGCGAGUCUGCAGAAGCACAUCGAAAAUCACCACAGCACGUACACGUGUCAUUUGUGCAACGAAACAAUCACCUCGAAACUGGGCAUCAUGACGCACAACCGCGUCAAGCACAUGGAUCAUCCGGACUUGACGUGCGAGCACCCGAACUGUAAGAAACUCUUCCGCACGAAGGAGGAUCUGGAAUCCCAUCGAAAGGACCACAAGUAUCACACCAAUCCGGACGUGUGUGACUAUUGCGGCGACACCGUGGAAAACAAGCUGAAACUGAAGAUGCACGUUCUGUCGCUGCAUCGAAACGAGAUUGGCGUAUCUUGUGGCGUCUGCCUCAUUCCCAUGAAGGAUCCCAAGGAACUGAAGAAGCACGUCGAAACGGAGCACAGCAGCGUACUUUCCAAUCCGAACACGUGUCAGGUGUGCGGCAAGCAAUAUGCGUCCAAGUGGAAGGCGUUUGACCACACGAAGAAGUGCCACGGAAAAGUUUUUCUCACGUGCAAACAGUGUCUCGCGGUCUUCACGGAGGAGAGCGAGAUACGCGACCACUACGAGCAUAUGCACAAUGUUCCGAAGGACCAAUUAGCCGUUUUCGAAUAUAGGAUGGAUAUAAGUGUGAAGAGAGAAGGUUACGACACACCCGACAUCAUCGUGAAGGAGGAACCGGACGAUUUGGAGUACGACGAGGAGAUGGGCGACGACAGCUUGAGCGAUUCUCGCAAACGCAAACGGUCGCCGAAUGACACGUACGAUUGCGAGAUGUGUCCCGAGAUCUUCCUCAAUCUCGAGACCCUCGCCAAGCAUUAUCAGAACGUGCACAACACCGAUCCCGUUCGUAUGUUCAAGAAAUUCAGAAAGGACGGCGACGGCAAGCGCAAGAUGAGGAACAGAAACAACUUCGAGUGCAAGAAUUGCAAGAAGCAUUUCACCACCAAGACUCUCUACUGGAAUCACACCAGCGUGUGCACGCGGCGAAACUCGGUCGGCAGAUACGACAUUCCGAACAACAUCCCGACGUCGAUUCUGGAGUCUCAUCUGAAGAACAAUAAUCAGAUUCAGCGAGAGGAACCGAUGCCGCUGGCGAACGAGUCCAACUUGAACAUUCCCGAUUUCAAUCUAUUCGAGGACAUCAAUUUGCAACUUUCGGCGCAGAAACCCGUGCCGAAUCUCAUGCCGUUGUCGCAGAUGAAGCCGAGCAACGGCAAGUGUUCGAGAAAGGACUCGCGCAAGGUGUACGACGAGUCGACCAACACCGAGUGCACGUGCGAGGUUUGCGGCAAACAGUGGCCUGCUAAGAAACAUCUGUGGCAGCACUUGAUUCGCUUCCAUCGCGCAGAAGCCGCCGUCACAUGCGGCGUAUGUUUGAAGCUGUGCAAAUCCUACGAAGAUUUGGCUGAUCACCUGAAGGCCGAGCACGCCCCCGUUUUGUCGCCAGAAGGUAACAACUUCACCUGUAAGACGUGCGGCAGGUAUCACAACGCGAGAAGUAAAUUGCUGCUUCACAUGAGCAUCCACAUCGGGAAUUUCCGGUGUCAGAGAUGCGAGCAAGGUUUCGCCAGCGAAGAGAAGCUUAUCGAGCACGCGGCGAUCUGCAGCUGCAAAUCGGAGUUCGUGGAUCACGCCGCUGCGGACGAGGAUAACGUGAAAAACGAGAACGACGAAAAGGGCAGCCUGAUCGCCGACGAGACGUCGGUCAUCGGCGAGGCGGAGGAAGCGGACUUCGAAUCGGAAGGUGAAGCGAGCAGGAGCAUCCACGAAGAAGACAGCAAUAGUGAGGAGGACAACUCGGAAAAUAGCGAUGACUCUGACAGUAAUAGUAAUAGCAAUAGUAAUAGCAGCUCGAGCGAGGACGAGGACGAAGAAGAAGGAGAGGAGGAAAACGGGAACGAGUCUGGCACGAGGACCAGCAGUAGAGCGAGCAAUAAUACUGUGUCGUGUAAUUCCGAAAGUGACAGCGAAUCGGACACGGACGAAGCGGAGGUGCAUGCGAUUAAAGAAGAAGUGCCGCAAAUGAGUAGCAUCAAUAGGUUCAGAAUACACGGCGAAGACGUUCAAGAGAAUUCGCCGAUGGAAGAAAACGUUGAGGACGAUGUGGAAACCGUAGUGACGGGUGCAGAACAAGCUAAACAAAGUAACUUGAAUAAUCUAUUGAUUUCCGGCACUUCCGCAAACGCUAACAAAUUUGAGGCAGCGCAUCACGAAGAAUCGAUUAAAAUGGAGGUGAGCGUGGACUUAUCUGAGGACAGCAACAAUGAAGAAGAAGAGAAUGAUGAAAAUGAGGAAGAGGAGGAGGAAGAGGAAGAGGAAGAGGAAGCGGAAGCGGAAGCAGAAGCAGAAGCAGAAGCAGAAGUAGAAGUAGAAGAAGCAGAAGAAGAAGAGGAAGAAGAAGAAGAACAGAACGAGAUCAAGAUUGAAAGUGAGGAAGAAGGUGAGAGCGAGGGUGAGGGCGAGGGUGAAGGCGAAGUCGAUAGCGACGCCGAGGACGAAGGCGAAGCAGAGGAAGAGGAAGAGGAAGAAGAUGGUGAGGAGGAUGACGAAGGACCGCCCGUCUUGAGCCCAAUAAUGCCCUUGUUAGCGGAAAACGAAUCUGAAGAGCACAACAGCACAAGGCACAAGCUAAGUCCGAUGGUUCCGCUGAGUAUCGACAAAAUAGAGAAGUGCGAGAUGAUAGAGAUACCAAACGACGCCGAGAAUGCGGACGCUCCGUCGAACGCGUCCAACUUCUUCGCGACUAACAACAACGACUUACCUGUGACGUGGGAGGACGACUUGGAAGGGGAUGACAAUGCCAAUGCCGACGACAUGAACGUGAAAAUCGACGAAUUCAAGAAGGAGUACAAAGUGAACGAGGGCGAUGAGUUCGAGGAGGAUUCUACGAAUGAGAAUGUAGUGGACGACGGUGGAGACAAUCAAGUGCACGAGAUACAUAAUCUGGACGGGACUGUGUUGAUGGUGGCUAAUGAUGCGGACGGUAAUCAGAUCUUGAUAGAACAAAACAUGCUAGACAUCGAUAACGAAGACUCUAACGCCGAGACGACGCAGUAUAUUUACCCGGAGAACGCUUACGAGAUCGAGAAUGAGGAAGAGGAGGAGGAAGAGGAGGAGGAAGAUUAUGCGACGCAAAAUGAAACCGACACUAUGCAGAUGGACGAGAUGCAAGAUGGUGUGUCUUACGUUCAAGAGAUGUCCGAGAACGACGACAGUAUGGAGGGUGAAAUCGAAGAGAACAGUAGUGAUGCACAGAAGUAGUAGGACACGAGUGCCAAAACGGGAGAGGUAACUAGGAUUACAAACUUGUAACAAAGUGUAAAAUAAUUCACACACACACACACACACACGACUCUAAGAUAAUUAAGAUUCUAACCAAAAAAAAAAACAUACAUAUGUACCUUGAAAGAUAUUGUACAGUAGGGUAAGUGAAGAGUACUUGUAGCGUCGAAGGAUUUUUGAUAGAGUAUGCGUAAAGAAGAUUAUACGACGAGAUUUCAUUUUCAUCGAUCUGCCAGGGGCGUUGCGCUCACAACUUACGCAACGUUGCAAAGCUUCCGAAAUGCCACUGAUCGUUUUAAAGAAUGACACGGUUUUGCGUUAUUGAACACUGUAGAUAAUAUGUUUAAGUACUGUUAUGGAAGUUAUGAUUUAUAAAUUUUUUUUUUUUUUUUUUUUUUUUUCCACGUUUUCGAUCUGAAGAGUAUCAAAGAUAGAAAUUGAUUAUAGAGUAUUGUUCAUUUACAUGAGUAGUAAUUUUUUGACAAUAAUACAUACUGCAUGUCCGCGCCGUUCUACGUGAGAUGCCAUCCGCUAGACAAUAUGACGCAAGUUCAUGAAUUUAACGAUGAUAGCGGCUACGCCGCGUUUAAGGAAUGAUAAUGCGCCAGAGUUAAAAGUCAGCAGAGUGUGUCAAAGUCUUUCUUCUUUUUCUUCUCAAAUCGUGUAGAAAUUCUUUUUUUAAACUGGCUAAGUAUUUAAAAUCGUGUAGGAAGCAGAAAACCAUGACAGAGAAAACAUCGCAAAGUUGCGUCGAAAGAACAUUAAACGAAACGCGUAAAUUUGAAUGCCAUUAUUUAUACGCAAUCACGCGCUUGACCAAUUUCUCGUAAAACUUCAACUUUCUCUGUUUCCUUAUGCAGAUUGUCUUCUAGUUAAUGAUGACACAAUUAUACUGAAACACUUGAUUGACUAUCAUGCAUUAUGCGUAUAAAAAAAAUCGAAUUUAUUACAACGGAAGCAACAAGUACCAUCCACAUUUUAUGUCAAGACAGAUUUAGCGUCCUAUUCUUUUUCUUAGCGUAAAGAAGCGAAAAUCGCGCAGUCUCUUGCUAUAUUUUUAUGGAAGUAAAAAGAAAAGAAGAGUUAAUGUAAAUAAUAGCUUUAAAGAAUUAAUCUGUACAGUUACGUAAUGCGAGCGUGUUUGUACGUAUGCAUGACAGAGCUUGUAUGAAUGUACAACAAACGAUACAGAUGUGACUGAAUACUUAUAUAUUAAAGAAAGAAAGCAUACCUCGAUCAUACUUUAACAAUUAGUUGAGAUUAGAGCGGUAACAAUUGCUUUCCAUCGCUCACGACGUCAUGAACUGCUUCGUUUUUUAAACUUCACACUCGCAUCAAAUGCAGAAAUGUUCACGCGUAUAUAACUGUUGAUUAGAAGUUUUAAAAAUAUUCAAAUAAUUCGUUAAUUUGUUCAAGAUUCUAAAUUUAAAAUGUGUUAUAUCGUGAAAAUUAAUCCAAAGUGUCUUAAACCAAGAAGCAUAAGGCAUUCGUGACGCCGUGUGUUAAUUCAACCGUAUUUGUCGGGUUUGUCAAUUGUUCAGUUUGAGAGGCGAAUAAUAUCAAGAGAGAAACAACAUAGAAUCGUUGUAUUUGGAUUGAGAGAUUUGAUUUCACAGAUUUGCGUAAGAGUUGGAAACCAUAUUAGAGAUGACAAAAUGCAGACGGCUGGUAUUAUUUACCAUUCGUCAAUUUCUAAUAACAUGUGUCAGCGAUCUCUUUUUUUCCUUUUUAUUUAUUAUAUUCAUUCCAAAGUAAUUUCUAAGGUAUAUUAGACUUUAUGAAUGAUAACACUGAUUUGCCAUAUGUAUUAUGCGAUUAUAUAUAAACGAUCUACUUUGAUCUUGCAGAGAGGAGUUGAAAUUUAAAUUUAAAUUAAUUUUAAGAUAUGGUUUUUCGUAACGUUCUAUCGUGUUCGUAUAUCGUUUUUUUUUAUUUACGAGUUUAGUGCUACUAAAUGCGACCACUGUUGCAUUUUAAAUUUAUAAAAUAAUUCUAAGAAAUGUCAUUAAAAAAGCAUUUAUAUUAUUAUAUUGCAUAAUUCAAUUAAAUAUUGCGUGUUCAUUUAAAAUGAAUCAUACAUGAAAGCUCGUAUCCGCGCUUACAUAAGUUCACCUAAAAAUUAUUCUCUGAGCGGACUUUACAGUGUAACAAAAAAAUUAAUCAAAAAGAGUCAUUUACAUGUGAGUUUAAUUAUCUGAAAUUGUUUAAAAUAUCUCCUCAUUCUGCAAUAAGUGGAUCGCGAAUUAUAUCUAUUGUCUAAUACAGAUAUGUGCGAGGACGUUAUAUAUAAUUUAUCAUAAAUUAUCAUUAUAUUUGUUCACAACUCAGAUUACAAUAAUUAUUCUCCAUGUGUUUUUGCAGAAUGAAUUACUUUUUUUACCCUGCCCGAUUUUACACUUCUACAAUAUAAGGAUCGUCCAAACUAUUAUAUAAUUUUAACAAUAUCCAAAAUUAUAUACAGCUACAAUUUUCAUACAUUGCUAGAUUAAUUCUUAUCGAAUGAUGAUGAUAUUACAUUUUUGGAAAUCUAAAACUAUUCCUGAGACUUCUGCUGAAAUAAAAUUUGCCCUCGAAACUUA